AUGAGUUAUCAUAUAGCUUCAAAUCCAAUGAUUAAAUAACUUUGUUAAAGUCAUCCAACAGAACAAUUCACAAACUUUUGCUAAAAUCCUGAAUGUUUAAAACCUUUAUGUCCAGAAUGUAUUGAAUCUCAUACUAAAUACCAUUAACAAGUUUAAACAAGUGCUGAUAUUGAUAGCUUUAAAAAUGUGAAAUAAUAGUGUUUGAGAAAGGUUAGCACUGGGAUAUAAGAAAUUCAAAAAAUUAUCUAAGAUGCUGAUUAAUAUGGAUUAAAUGAUGAUGAUGAUUAAACAAUUAAAGAAAUUCGAAAAGGAAAGGAAAUAGCUAUUACUUUAGUAACAUAACAUUUUUCUGCCUUAGAAGAAUAAUAUAAAUAAUAUUUAGAAUAACAAUCAAAUCAAGUAUAAACAUUUAAUCAAUUGUAAGAAAGCAUUAAAUAUACAAUGAAUGAGUUAGAACAUCUGAAUGUUGGUUUAGAAAGUUCUAAUUUAAUACUAUUUAUUAAAAAAAUCUGCGCAAUGGAUUUAAAGAAAACUUUAUUAAAAUACAAAAAAACAAUGAAAAAUUUAUAAAAUAAAUCAGCAAUUCAACAAGUAAUGGUUUAACUAAACUAAGCAAAUUUAUAACAUGUUCAAACAGCUUUAAAUAAUUAUGCUAAACUAGAUUUUAUUCCAUUUUAAAAUACAAUAUUCCUAAGUCAAAGCCAUGUUUCUCAAUUUUAAGAAACUUAUUUGUAAUAAAAUGAGUACUUUAGAAGUAAAUAUAAAUUACUCCACUUUUUUGAAACUGGAAAAUCAACCUUAUGGCUAUAUGACUUAAGUUUACCAGACUAAAUUUGGAGACCAGUUUAAAUAUCAAAUUACAUUGAUGUGCUGCCAUAUUCUAAAUCAAUAAUGACUCCUGAUGGUUAAAUUUAUUUAACUGGAGGUUCUCUUCAAAAUAAUAAAAAAAGCGGAAAAAUUUAUUAAUUUAAUUUUUAAAAUUAUUAAUUAUAAGAAGUAGGAUAAUUGACAUAUGGAAGAAGUUCUCAUGGAAUAACAUGGAAAAAUAAUGAAUUGUAUUUAAUUGGAGGUUAUCUUGAUAAUUUAGUCAUUACUUAAAAUUGCGAAGUUUUUGAUUGUAUAAAUAGAAGAAUAAGAAGAUUGCCAAAUUUAAAUAAUGCUAUAGCAUCACCAAGUGUUUGUAUUUUUAAUGAUGCAAUUACAGUCGCAGGAGGAUUAAGUAUGAUUAAUAAUUAUGAAUAUAGUUUAGAACUUAAAAAUUAAUCAAUAAAUUGAAUUUUUAAUGAUUGAUAGAUGGGUUCCUUGCAUAAUUACAUCAUAAUUGCACUUGGCUUCAAUGAUGUGCACAAUUUAAAUUGAAUAUAAUUAAUUAAUGAUAUUUGGAGGAUAUUAUGAAAACAAUAAGGGAUCUAAAGAAUGUGUUAUAUUAGAAAUUAAUGAAACAACAGCUAAGGUAUUGGAAACAAAAUAACUUCCAUAAGCCGAAGGUUUUUGGAAUAAUAAUCCUUUGAUUUAUUCAGGUAGAAUUUGGGCCUUACAAAAUGUUGCUUAAGACAUUCAUGGAAAUUGCUCAUUUGAUUAAAGAAGAAUAUUAGUAUUUGAUGGGUCAAAUUGGAAAUAGCCAUGA